UGUGACUUUCAUUACUUCUCGCUACAAUUUUAGUUGGUAGUCAGUUGGUACUCAAGUGCUACUUGCUUUUUUCCAAUUGCUCCUUGAAACCACCGAUCAAAAUAGGAACCAUUGCUGUGGUCUUGAAGACGAUUUUUUUGAUUUGUGGAUUAUGGUCUUGGCUUCGGUAGACAUUCCCAAACUUCAAAGUAAUUUAAUAACGUUUUCUUCCUCUCCAUAACUCAUACUGUGUUUUAGAAGCAUAUUUUGAUGAACCUGGAUGUGUAUACAAGUUUUUAGUGCCCUUAUUCAUACUACACACCAUAUCCAUUAAGGCGUGAUUGUUGAUCUAUUAGGGAGGAAAUGCAUAUUUUCAUAGUCGAAACCUUCUCCUUCCUCAUGACUUGAGGAAAAUCUACUACAUUUUCCACACCUUUGAGGGGCCUACUUUUGCCUUAAGCUUCUUCUCCUCCCACUAACUCAACAAGAUUUGUUACAUCAAAUAGAACGUUGACCCAUACAUAUUCGUUGCUAAUAUGAUCAAGCGGUUGAGAGAAGAGAAAUUAGAGAUGAGCAUGGGUUAUUCUUCAGUGAAAUUUCAGUUUCUACAAAGGGCUUUGGACCCCUGUGGAUUUGAUAAAUUCCAAGUGAGAUAUGCAACAACUAUAACUUGCGGAUUAAGAAAACCCUUGAGGGUCCGAAGACGUAGCGACGGGGUUUUGUCUACAGAAGCAAUACAAGCAGUUCAGUCCCUCAAGUUAGCUGCCAAAAACCCAUCUAAACUAGACCAAGUAUUCAAUUCCAAGCUCAUUCGUCUCUUAAAAGAUGAUUUGUUGGAUGCAUUCGUUGAGUUGCAGAGGCAGCAACACUUGGACCUUGCUCUCAAGGUGUUUGAAUUUAUGAGGAAGGAAGCAUGGUACGAGCCUGCUCACUCUCUAUAUGGUGAUUUGAUGUUGAUGUUUGGAAAGAAGAAACUAAUAGGUGAAGUUGAAAAGCUUUUCUCUGAGUUAAUCGAAGAAGGCUUGGAACCAGACACUAGAGCCUAUACAGAGCUAAUUGGAGCAUAUCUCAAAGUGGAUAUGAUAGAGAAGGCAAUGGAAACAUAUGAGUUGAUGAAGGCAUCAGGAUGCAUCCCAGACGAGUUGACGUUAACGAUAAUGAUAAGAAACCUUGAAAGUGUUGGUAGAGAUGAUCUUGCUGUAAUCAUAAAGAAUGAUUGUGCAGACUAUUUGGACUAUCCAAAGAAGUUUCUCAAAGAAGUUGCCAGGAAAUAUGGGAUAGUUGACUAUUGUUUUCUAUCCAGCCGAAGAGAUUGAGGCUGAACCUGGUUUGAAGAGCAGUAGCAGCAGCAACAUGUAAUCUUGGAUCUAUGUCUGUCUAUUUGCGGCACGUAAUUAGAUCUGCUGCACGGUGUUUCUUUAUUAAAAAAAUCCAGAAAUGAAUUCGUAUCUGAUAUAAAUGAUCUCUAUAUAAUCACAUCUGCAUUUGAAGAUAUGUAAAGAUAAGGAUCUAAAUUGUAACUUUUACUUGGUAACAUUGUUAUCAUUCUUGGUGACGAGGCUUUUAUCUGUAACAAGUCAGUGAUCCCAUGAUUGAUGAUAUUUAAUAAAUGUCACACAUCAUCUUCAGACAAAA